AUGGGGAGCGCCACCAAGAUCAUGAGGACGGCGCUCCACGCCUUCUUCUCGCACUACCACCCGGCGGCCUCCGCGGCAGCGCUCCUCGCGCUCCCCUUCUCCGCCGCCGCGCUCCUCUCCCGCUCGCCCGCUGCAUCCCUCCUCCCGGCGCUCUCCCUCAGCCUCCGCCGUGUCCUCGUCGCCGCGGGCUUCCCGCCGGCCUCCCAGCUCCUCUUCCUCCUCAACCACAAGCUGUCGCAGUCCGUCUUCUCCUUCCUCGCCACCCUGCCCUUCUCCCUCUCCUUCCUGCUCCUCGCCAAGGCCUGCGCCGUGCGCGCCAUGCAGGCGCCCCCGCCGCCGCGGAAGCAGCGCCACCACGAGCUGUCAGCGCUUCCCGCGUCGUGCUGCCGCUACCCGGCGAUGGCGCGGACGCAGCUCGCCAACUUCGCGGCGCUCCUGCUCGCCAACGCGGCCGUGUUCGCCGCGCUGCUCGCGGCCUUCAAUGCCGCGGAGGCGCUGCGGCUGGGCUCCGACGGCAGGGCCGUGCUGGCGCUCUCGGCCGUCGGCGUCAUCGUCUACUCCGUCGCGCUCGCCAACGCCGCCGCGGUCUGCAACCUCGCCACCGUCGUCGCGGCCGCCGAGGGCCGGGGCGGCUGCCACGCGUUCCUCAAGGCGCUGCUGCUCGUCCGGGGCGACGCCGCCACCGCCGUCGCCGUGGCGCUGCCGGCCAGCCUCGCCACCACCGCCGUGGAGGGGCUGUUCCAGCUCAGAGUCAUGAAGCUGUACAUGAUCGACGGCAGGAUAAGCUCGGCCAUGGUUUGCGAAGGGCUCCUCAUCGCCUACAUUCACUCCAUGAUCUGUGUUCUUGACACUGUCAUCACAUACAUGGUCUACCAGACCUGCAAGGCCACACAUUAUUCUCGUGAUCUGUUGGAGUUGGAAGAGAAAGGGGAUUUCAUUGCCUGA